UAAGCUGGAAGCAGAGACAACCUGAGGAUGUCAACCAAUGGAAAGUACUGGAUGAUGCCCUCAGAAUGGCAGGAAGAAGAGAUCUUGCUAGAUUUGUAUGACAGGCGUGCGAAGCUAUUCAGCAACCCUGAAUACUUAGAGGCCUACCAGAAGGCAAGGGAGGAAGGAACACGUGAGGUCUACCAUACUCGAGUUAUGAUCGUUGGGCAAUACGGAGUUGGGAAAACUAGUCUGAAAAAGCGUCUCCUGGAUGAAGGUUCUACUAGGGAGCACAAUUCGACAGAUGGCAUACAGGUUGACCCAUCAGCUUGUUAUAUUGACAUAAGCAAUUCAGUCAUAUGGAAAACUAAAGCAAAAGGAUUCACAUCGAAGGAAGAUACAG